AUGGCAUUAGUAAACUUGGAAAAAUUAAUGUAUAAACUUGUUAUUCAGGAGUUUACGACAUAUUAUUCAUUGGAUGAAUGCCUGAUGUUAUGUCGUAUGCGAAGUAUGAUCAAGUACUGCGGUUGUGUUAAUCCACCAUGGCCAAGUGAUCUCAUAAACGGAAGCAUUUGCAAUUUACUUGACCUUCCAUGUCUGACAAGGUGGAAAAGUGUCUGGUAUGGCUGGAAAAGUUUUGAUUAUGUUAAUAAACAGCAGAACUCAAAGGAACUAUUUGAGUUUGAAAACUGUGGUUUUUGUUUACCCACUUGUAGUGGUGUGAAAUUUAAAAUCAGCGUAAAUGAUUUGCCACUUCGAAAUGUUAUAAGCAAUUCUGGCGAUUAUUAUAGUCAUGGUAUACUAGAGGGACUAACAAACGAUCAACCGCUAGCAGUCAUUAAAUUAUUUUUUGCGAAACGUUAUGCCCAGGCAACUGAAACGACUGUUGUUAGCGAUUGGAUCGGUAUGGCGAAACAAAUACUUGCAGCCGACUAUGGAUCAGAUUUAUCAUCUGUUAAAGAAGAAUUGGAUAGUCAACAACAUGAACACAAAAUUAUCGAUAAAUUUCACUCUAAAAUUAUUUACGACGCCAAAUGUCUACGCUUUGUGGAUUGGCUUAUAGAGGCACGUCCAUCUUUCUCACCACCACGACGAGACUUACGUCCACCAGACAGUGACCCAGGAGCAACACAGUAUUAUAGCCAUAGACUCGAUGCACUAAAUAUAAAAUACGAUAGAUUAUUAGAACAAUUAUCGCAGAGGCUUAAAACAGCUAUCGAAGUAAAUGGCAGCGAUGGCUUGCUUGUCUUUAGACCAACUGUCAUGACUGGCAUAUUGGCAAAACUGUCAAAGGAUUUAUACACUCAUACCCAGAGCCCCAGAGCCCCAGAGUUGUCCUCAGUACCGACAACAAUUGGCGAAUCUCAACAGUACAACUGUGUUACUCCCGAUAAUUAUUAUGGCUAUUGUGUUCUCCUGAGUUAUUGUCCUCAAAUUGCAAACAUAUUUCAGACAACAAAUCGACGUGUUGCCGAGCAGUAUAUUAUUGGGCUACAAAGAAGCUGCGGUACACGUAAUGUAAAUGGUGAUCCAGUGGUGUGCUGUACAAGACCACAACAACAACAACAACAACAGCAACAAAAUAUCAGAACAACGCCAAAUCCAGUAACUCAACCAACAAAUCCAUUUUUUCCAACAGGUCGACCAAUAACACAGGCACCAAUAACGCAAGCACCAAUAACACAACCUCCGACCACAACAACAACAACCACACCACAGCCAAUAACAUCGGCACCACUUAUUGAACCAAAAGGUACCUACUGUCGUGGUCCUGAUAUACGCGAAGGUUCAUGCAUAGAUCUUAAGAACUGCCAGGAACUUGUGAAUGAACUUUAUGCUAAGCAGAAUGAUCAAACAUUUGCAAAUUUCUUACGUGCAUCAAAUCGUAUUUGUGGAGCUACUGGUAGCAUUGUCUGUUGCCCAACUGGCACAAGUCAGCAGUUAACAACUACUGCAACACCCAGAGUGAACAGCAAUGAAAUACCAACACGUUUACCGACAGUGACUGAAGGUUGUGGUUACACCGCAAGUUCCUAUAAAAAGAUUGUGGGUGGUGAAGUGAGCAAGAAAGGUGCUUGGCCGUGGAUAGCUUUGCUUGGUUAUAACGAUGAGUUAUCUUCAUCUCCUUUCAAGUGUGGUGGCACACUCAUUACGGCUAGACAUGUGAUAACAGCAGCACAUUGUAUACGUAGUGAUUUGAGUUUUGUGAGAUUAGGUGAACAUGAUUUAUCUACCGACACUGAAACUAAGCACGUCGAUAUUCCUAUUGUUAAACAAGUGGUAAACACGGACUAUAAUAAACGUAACGGUCACAGUGACAUUGCACUACUAUAUCUUGAACGAAAUGUGGAA